AUGAGUGGAAGCGCUGACGGCAGGCAGCCUGUGGCCUCCACGGUCAAAGCUCCGGUCUUUCUGAGGAUCGGAGACUCCACGACGGAACCGACUCCGUCUGGAGUCUGUGUGCUGGAUGUCACCCUGCCUUUGGGAAAACCCGUCAACGUGGAGGAGAUGAGCUUUAAGAACUACUACACGGCCUACCUGACGGUGCGUUUGUUGAGAAGGAGCCCCGAGCACAACGGCCUCGCAAAGUGGUGCACGGCUGUGAGAGACCUGCCUCUGAUGGACAACCCCCACACCGAGGGGGGGUCCCAGGACUACUACUCCAUUCACAGGACCCAGAUGCAGGUGAAGCCGGACCACGUGGUGACGCUGAGACUGAUCCUGAGACAGCCGUCCUCUGCUUGGCUCACCUUCAGCCUGGAGGACAUCAGAAUUUUCCCCCACACGGAGCCGCUCACGGAGCCAGAAAAGAACGUUUCUGAUUGGCUGUCGGAGCUGGUCCUGCUGGAUAAACAGCCCCAUGUGGAGGGCCUCCCAGACCCGCAGACGGUGUCUUCCAGCAUCCAGCAGAUGUGGGCUCUGACGGAGGUGAUGCAGACCAACCAGACCACAGCCUCCAUCGGGCGCUUUGACGUGGAUGGAUGCUACGACAUCCAGUCCCUGACCUGACGUGGAUCUUUGUGAGCGUGGCAGCCUCCACCAGUCCCUUCAUCAGUUUCCAUUCUCCACCAGUCCCUUCAUCAGUUUCCAGCCUCCACCAGUCCCUUCAUCAGUUUCCAGCCUCCACCAGUCCCU